GACAAGGACGAAAAUGUGGACAUGGAGCUUGAGAGGAGCGGCUACAGGCACUGGUACGAAAGUGUACCGAUGGCGCCGAUCGUCGUUGCCAAGUCCCAGACCCUACCCGAGGGAACUUGCAAGUCCCAGCUUAAGCGCUACCUCGAGGAACUGGGCAAUGGCACUUUAUGGGCCACUCAAAUGUUCGACGCCUCGGCCAAGUAUCCUUACGGAAUAGUCGACGGCCAGACCGUACAUUUGGGCAGCUUCGACCAGUGCUACAGGCUCGAUGCAAAAGUUUUUAGCAGACGAGGACAGGAGAUGGAGACGAAGGAUAUCCAUGGUAGAUAUUGUCUCGUGGACUUCAAGUACGAGCAGCGGGUCACGACGGUGGACUUUCGUGGCAAACUCAACCUGGAUUUCGACCCCAACGACUCCAUCUGGGAGUCUAUCAGAGAAAAGGGCGACUUCCGACGCACUAAGCGCUACCUGCUGCAAAUGGCCCUCUGUGUACCCGCGGCCUGUACUGCGGAGGACGUUGAAAAGGCCCUGCAAGGCCCCUACAAGGACUUUAGCGCCAAGAACAACCUCAUCGUGAAAGCCAGCGUGGACAAGAUGAACUGCCAGGCCCGUCACGAAGAAAUCCCAUUUUCAACGGGCGCCACCGUCUAUUGCAUUGUGCUGCUAAUUAUAUUUGCACUCGUCGUCGCGGGUAGUAUGUACGACGGAACAUUGAGGGCUGACGAGAAGGAAACGGUUGUCUCGCGCGGACUUCAACUGCUGCUCUGUUUCUCCGCCCGAAGGAACCUCCGCACCGUCUUCGAGGUCAGCUACAAACAUCGUGGCUUCGAUACCAUACACAUUCUGCGCAUCUACACCAUGACCUUCGUGAUAUUUGGCCACAGGAUGAUGCAGUAUUACCUGAACACCGUUGUCAAUAAGUACCACCUCGAGAAAACUUAUGUUAUCCCGUCCUUCAUUGUACUGCACAAUGGGCCAAUUAUUGUCGAUGGUUUCUUUGCAAUCGGCGGUCUCUUGACUUGCUACGGUUUCCUAAAACAAUUCGACAAAACCAAGAAAAUGAAUUUCUUCGGCCUCACCUUUAUUCGUUUCCUAAGAUUCACUCCCGCCUAUGCACUUCUAGUCUUCUUUCACGUAUAUCUCUUUCCACACAUGGGCUCCGGUCCACAAUGGCAAUCGAAAAUAAUCGCCGAGUCAAAGAAUUGCGCAGCAACUUGGUGGGCGAACCUCUUGUAUCUCAAUAAUUACAUGACAAUGGAAAAAUUGUGCAUAUUCCAGUCAUGGUACCUUACAGUCGACUUCCACUGCUACCUCUUAAACAUAGUACUCGUCUUCGCAUUUUGGAAGCUGCCGAGGAGAAUCGGUUAUUUAAUAUUGGGAGCAGCGACCAUUAUGAGUAUAAUGAUACCUUUCUACAUUACUUAUGUUAAUCGAAUACAGCCAAUGUUCAUCGGUUUCCCUUACUUAACUAAUCUGAGCAUGGACCCGUACUUUGUCAAUUACUACGUAAAGCCAUACAUGCGCAUGACCGCUUAUUUGGUGGGAGUUAUUGCUGGCACCAUUUUGUACGACUAUGAGAAUACUUCUUGGCGAAUAUCCAAGAAAUGGUCGCAAAGCUUAUUCCUGCUACUGGUAUUUGUAGUGGGAAUAUCAUCACAAUCACUGGGCUUCCAAUACCUGGAUCCCAACUCAAAUACCUCGUUGCUCGAGACGGCGCUCUAUGCCAGUUUACACCGAGGCGCAUUCGCAAUCAGCUUCUGCUCCAUCGUUCUGCUCAUUACUAUGGGCGAUGGAUUAGAUUAUUAUUACAAAAUUUUGACGCCGGGUUGGGUUCAACCGUUUGCCCGAUUGACUUAUGGUAUGUUCCUGACGCACAACAUUAUUCAGUCCUAUGAUAUUGGUACAAUACGAAAUGCAAGGACCUUUGGGAUUCGUAAUGUGCUCUGGGACUUUGUGCCAGAUGUUAUAUUUUCCUUUCUCAUAGCUCUAUUAAUUGCAAUCGGGAUCGAAGGUCCAUUUAGAAAAAUAGAAAAGCAUUUUAUUAGUAAGAGAAUAAAAGGUUCAUCGAAAGCUAUAAUAAGUACAAAAGAUCAAAUAAAGAAAGAAGAUAUCAAAAUGGAUUAAAUACAAAAUUAUG